AUGGUUAUAAGGAUUAUUGUAUUAAUUACAAAAACCGUGUUUUACCAGCUAUUAUACGCAACUGAUUAUAAUAAUUAUUCAAGUGAUGUAAUAAAUAUAAUAUUGAAUGAAAAAAUAAUAAUAAUAGUUGAAUUAUUCAUUUAA